UAGAAAACGAGAAAAGAGAGGACACGCGGAACUACGGAAGUUGGAAAGAGAGAAAAAACCUAAAUCUACAAAUUCUCGCGAUAAAUAGAAAAGGAAACUCCCAAAUCUGCGAGCUCCGAUUAUCUCUCCGUCGAGAAGACCUAAAGCUUCUCUCUCUGCACAGAUCCACAUGCUACUUCAGCUUCUUGCGGACGUUUUUUUUUAACUCACUGUAUAGGUCAAAGUGCAGAACCACAAAACAUAAUCUACAUAUUACAUAAUCAUGGUUCGAGAAAAAGAUAUUUGUUGGGAGUAUGCUGAGAAAUUAGAUGGAAACAAGGUGAAAUGCAAAUUUUGCCUAAGAGUUUUGAAUGGCGGCAUUAGUAGAUUGAAGCAUCAUUUAUCCCGACUGCCUAGUAAAGGUGUCAACCCCUGUAGCAAGGUGAGAGAUGAUGUCACUGACAGGGUAAGAGCUAUAAUAGCAUCAAAGGAGGACAUCAAAGAACCAUCUAAUGUUAAAAAGCAGAGGCCUCCAGAAGCCAAAUCUCCUGGAAAUAUGUCUGCUACUAAACCUCUUAUUUCUGUGGAGGCGGUAUCUCCAGUUGCUAAAGUUUACCCUGCAGUUAAUUCAAUGACCCCUUCCACCUUAAGUAACCAAGAAAAUGCUGAAAGAAGCAUUGCACUGUUCUUCUUUGAGAAUAAGUUGGACUUCAGUGUUGCUCGUUCUCCAUCGUAUCAGGUAAUGAUCGAUGCAAUAGGAAAAUGUGGUCCAGGAUUUACAGGCCCUCCAGCAGAAAUAUUGAAGACUACAUGGUUAGAAAGGAUAAAGUCUGAAGUGAGCUCGCAAUUGAAAGAUAUUGAGAAAGAGUGGGCUACCACAGGUUGUACUAUCAUUGCUGACACAUGGACUGACAACAAAUCUAGAGCUUUGAUUAACUUUUUUGUUUCCUCACCCUCCAGGACCUUCUUCCACAAGUCUGUAGAUGCAUCAUCAUACUUUAAGAAUACCAAGUGCCUUGCUGAUCUAUUUGAUUCUGUUAUUCAAGACUUUGGUUCCGAAAAUGUUGUGCAGAUAAUUAUGGAUAGCAGUUUCAACUAUAUAGGUAUUGCUAACCAUAUUCUGCAGAACUAUGGAACCAUUUUUGUGUCUCCUUGUGCUUCUCAAUGUUUGAAUUUAAUCUUGGAGGAGUUCUCUAAAGUAGAUUGGGUGAACAGAUGUAUCUUACAAGCUCAAACACUGACGAAGUACAUUUACAAUAAUGCCUCAAUGCUUGAUCUGCUGAAGAAAUUUACUGGAGGGCAGGAUAUAAUCAAGACUGGUAUCACAAAGUCCGUAUCCAGUUUUCUCUCACUGCAAUCAAUGUUGAAACAAAGAUCAAGAUUGAAGCUAAUGUUCAGCAGCAAUGAGUAUUCUACAAACUCAUCUUAUGCAAGUAAACCACAGAGCAUAGCUUUUAUUACCAUUGUUGAUGAUGGAGACUUCUGGAAGGCAGUGGAAGAAAGUGUGGCCAUCUCUGAGCCCUUUCUCAAAGUGUUGAGGGAAGUGUCUGGUGGUAAACCUGCUGUGGGGUCUAUAUAUGAGUUGAUGACCCGGGCCAAAGAAUCAAUAAGGACCUACUACAUAAUGGAUGAGAGUAAAUGCAAGACUUUUUUAGAUAUAGUAGACAGAAAGUGGCGAGACCAGCUCCAUUCACCUCUUCAUUCAGCAGCUGCUUUUUUGAACCCAAGUGUCCAGUAUAACCCUGAAAUAAAAUUUCUAGUAUCUAUUAAGGAAGACUUUUUCAAGGUUAUUGAGAAGCUACUUCCUACUCCUGAUAUGAGACGAGACAUCACCAAUCAGAUUUUUAUUUUUACAAGGGCAAGUGGGAUGUUUGGUUGCAAUUUGGCAAUGGAGGCACGAGACACAGUUGCACCUGGGCUUUGGUGGGAACAAUUUGGUGAUUCUGCACCUGUGUUGCAAAGAGUUGCCAUCAGAAUCCUGAGUCAGGUUUGCAGCACUUUCACAUUUGAGAGACACUGGAACACAUUUCAGCAAAUUCACUCUGAAAAGCGCAAUAAGAUUGAUAAAGAAGCCUUGAAUGACCUGGUGUAUAUAAACUAUAAUCUCAAGUUGUCAAGACAAAUGAGAACGAAACCUUUAGAAACUGAUCCUAUCCAAUUUGAUGACAUUGAUAUGACCUCAGAAUGGGUAGAGGAGAGUGACAAUGCUAGCCCAACUCAGUGGCUUGAUCGAUUUGGUUCUGCCUUGGAUGGGAGUGAUCUGAAUACACGACAGUUCAAUGCUGCCAUAUUUGGUGCAAGUGACCACAUAUUUGGCUUAUGAUCUUGUAAUUUCAACGUGUACGAUUAUUUUCUUAGAGAUCCUUGUAAAUUUCCUAGAAUGUUAGCCUUUUGUCUGUAGAUUUUUAUUGCCUUUGUUUGCAGUAGAAUAAUGAAAUAUAGUAGUGGCCUUAUCACAAUACUAACGGUCUUGCCUUCA